AGUCUUGCUCCUGAGUUUGAAUUUGGUGACCCUUGAUUUUCAGUUUCAUCUGACUGACUCUCAGGACCAUGGAUAGCGCAGGAAUUUUAUUUGGUCUCCUGUGCGUCUGUGUCCUGUCCGCCAUCUCUAAUGGACAGGUGUCAAAGGAAGUUUCGGCAGAAGACGCUGGGCCACAGAACUCUGCAGUGUCUGCGGAGAGAGACUUGUUGCAGGCGAUGGAGGCGCUCCUGGGAAAAUAUCACGACCGGCUGCCAAGUGCGGAGAAGAGAGGGAUCCCCUUGUGUGGGAUGGGUUCCCGUUGUGCCAUGAGAUAUGGACCACGCUAUGGGACUCUAUGCGACUGUGGCCGGGGGAGUAACUGCAACUCUUACCUUCUCAAGUGCAUAUAAGAGCGUCACCAACACCACAACAAAACUACCACUGGAUAUCUACCGGAGUGCGCAGUGUCCUAAAAAUAUUGACUUGCGUUGUAAUUACCUUUCAGCAUGAGUAUGGUAUGAAAUGUAAAAUGAUUUUUAUGUGUUUGUUUAUGAUGAUGUUUGUGAAAUUGUGAAUGUUGUAAACUUGAAUGGGAGAAAUAAAUGUAUACCUGUAA